GUAAUUGAAACUGACCUAAAGCUCCUCUUUAAUUAUCCUAAAAAGGUAGAUCCGAUUAUUGCUGACUUAAACAUCGGAGUGUCUACCCCGGGACCCACCUCGGGGCUUUGUAGGUUCAUCUGAAGUGAAGAUGCGGACUGAAAAAGGACUUCUGGUUUGGUGCAAUUACAUUGGCGCUGUCUGUGGGAAACCGAACUAAAAGCUCUCUUGUUGCUCUCUCAUCAUGGUUAACACUCAAUCAGUCCGAGCUGGAAAUCCAUCUCAGCCUCUUAGACAAGGUCAAGUCCCCAACAACCUUCCACCUCACCUCCCACCUCAGAUCCCAAAUAUGUUCCCUCCUGUUGAUCAUGCAGAAGGAGGAGAUGAAAACCAACCUCACAAUUUAGCUCACAACUCAGCUUCCACCAACAAUCAAGACGUAGUUACAACUCAGCUUGCUGCCAUGCAGCAACAGUUUGGUGUCUUUCAAUUAGUAUUGGCUCAGCUCCUAGCUCGGAAUAAUCCUGGUGAUCCCCUCAUCAAUUUACUCAACCCUGCUCCACAAUCCCCAGCUCCAUAGCAAGACCCUCAACCAGUUCAGCAUGCUCCCGCUCUCAGUCAGUCUCAGGGCCAGUCCCACCUAGCA